AUGGCACAACUCUCUUACUCCAAUCUGGUGUGGCUCUAUAUCGCUGUCACAGCUGUAUACAUCUCCUAUAAGGUCGCGCACAGAGCCUUCUUCACCCCUCUUCGUGGCAUACCAGGACCCUGGCACGCUACCUUAGUAAACUGGCGCUUGAAGAUAGCAGUCCUCGGUGGCCGCCGAGCCGACUACAUUCACGAACUCCACCAAAAAUACGGUCCAAUCGUACGCAUCACACCUAAUGAGAUCGCCGUCAACGACCCAGCCAGUUUCAAAGACAUCCACAAGAUUGGCUCUGGCUUCAACAAAACCAACUGGUAUGAGUAUCUCAACACCAAUGGCGUGGGCAAAUGCCCAGGUGUCUUCAACAUGACCAACCCCAAAGAACAUGCUGCUAGAAGGAAGUUACUGGCUAAAGGCUUCAGUCAGCGCCACUUGCGCGAGCAAUGGGAAGAUGUUGUUCGCGAGAAAGUUGAUCUGGCUGUUGCGCGCAUCAAAGCAGACGCCGUCUCUGGAACAGCAGAUGUACUCAAAUGGUGGACAUACCUAGCUACAGACGUCUCUGCUCACUUGAUGUUUGGCGAAUCCUUCCACAUGCUCGAAAGCGGUGAGAGAGUACCUUACAUCGUAGCUCUUGAAAAAGCUACCAUCUGCUCUGCCAUCAGUUGGGAAUUACCUCUGGUAUUCUGGAUAGGCCGUCACCUACCUUUCGCCGCCAUGAGAAACAUCUUCUACGCCAACAGUGUAUUGCUCGAGCAGGGACGCUUAGCAGUCAAAAACAGCAAAGCCCAAGACUUCGGCACUUCCAACAUCUUCGCCACAGCAAUCAACGAAACCGAAAAGGGCGAUGGAACCUUAACCGACGAAGAUAUCCAAACAGAAGCUGGAAACCUGAUCGUCGCAGGCUCAGACACCACAGGCAUAACCCUCACAUACCUAACCUGGUGUGUGCUCAAGCAACCUUCCCUACAAGCCGCUCUCGAGGACGAAGUCAACAACACCGAUGCUCAACCCACGGAUGCCUCCCUGGAGAAAUUGCCCAUCCUCAAUGCCGUGAUUGAAGAAACUUUGCGUUUGUAUGGCGCCGCACCAGCAACCCUCCCUCGCCUAACACCCGCAGGCGGCGCAACACUCGCCCACCACUUCAUCCCCGCAGGCACAAUCGUAGGCACACAAAGCUACUCCCUGCACCGCGACCCUUCUCUGUUCCCCAACCCCGAUACCUUCGACCACACACGAUGGCUACCAUCAAACGAGCUUUCACCUCUUGCUAAAGCAGUGUUUUCGCCCUUCGGUGCUGGGUCAAGGGUGUGCAUUGGAGUGCAUCUCGCGCGUAUGGAGUUGAGGUUGGCGGCUGCAAAAUUCUUCCGUGAGUGUAGGGGGGCGAGACUGGGGCCUGAGACGACGGAUGAAAGUAUGAAGCCUGUCAACUUCUUCCUUAUCACGCCGCAGGCGCAUAAGUGUGAGAUUGUCAUGUAG